AUGAAUUCGAACACUUUCCCACCAUCAAAACAGCUAAAUUUACAAGAAUCCUUCUCGAAUAUACAAACCCAAUGCUCCAAUUUGCUCAACAACGUUUCGCGAACCCUUAAUCCUCUCUUUCACCACAGCAAAAACAACUCUUCUUCCUCUGCUGCUUCUGAGCAUCCAAAUCUCUUCUCUGCGCUCAAUUCCUUGCGGGAACAAGCUAAGCAAGCUCUCGAUUCCGGGUUAUCUCGAUUCAAUUCUGGUAACGCACCCGCACCCGUCUGGGCGAGAAUCUCUGACGACGGCGGCGCGAAGACGAAGACGCAUGCGGCGGCUCCGGUUCGGCGAUUAACCGGCGAUGAUUUGGAGGAGAGAUUGGCGGGAGUUCCUGUUUACGCGCUGAGCAAUUCGAAUGAGGAGUUCGUGUUGGUCUCGGGUACUUCGACUGGGAAAUCUCUGGGUUUGUUGUUCUGUAGAGAGGAAGACGCAGAGGCGCUUCUUAAGCAGAUGAAGAUUAUGGACCCUCGUAUGCGUAAAGAAGGCUCCAAAGUUGUCGCUCUUGCUCUUAGCAAGGUCUUUCAGUUGAAAGUUGAUGGUGUGGCGUUUAGGUUAAUCCCUGAGUCUACUCAAAUAAAAAAUGCCCUCAAAGAAAGGAAAAAAGCUGGUUUCACUGAUGAAGACUUCCAUGGUGUUCCGAUUUUUCAGUCAAAGAGUUUGAUUCUACGAAGUGAUAACAAGAGUUAUCGCCCUGUUUUCUUCAGAAAGGAGGACUUGGAAAAAUCCAUAACACGAGCUUCUCGCCAACAGAACCGGCUUAACCCUGCUCUGAAACCAGGCGAUAUUCAGGUUGCAGUUUUUGAAGAAAUCGUCAAGGGGAUGAAGGAAAACGCAGCGUCUAACUGGGACGACAUUGUGUUUAUACCGCCUGGUUUUGAGGUUUCGACUGAGCAAACACAGGAGUAG